AUGUCUUCUCACAAGACUUUCAGGAUCAAGAGAUUCCUGGCAACAAAACAAAAGCAGAAUCAGCCCAAUCCCCAGUGGAUUCGGAUGAAAACUGGUAAUACAAUCGGGUACAACUGCAAGAGGAGACAUUGGAGAGGAACCAAGCUGGGUCUAUAA